CUGGUCACCAGAACAUAUUGGAGUGCUCUGGAUUUAGUUGUCCGAGUUCAAAUCUCGGUGGAACCUUUUUUCAAUUCCAAAAAAAAUAAAAAGAAAAUUAAUUCCCUUUACGCACUUUUUUUUUUAAUUUUCCUUAUCAUCGUAGGCCGGAGAGGAAUUCAUCGGAUCCCUAAUCUCCUCAGCAUGCACCAGACUAAAACCUCAAAACGAAUUUUCCUGCAAAACAGCGAAAACAAUUUCGUUCUUAAUUCUAUAUCUCUUCCUCUCUUUUUUCUACCUCUACACUAUGGAACAAGAAACUCGACCAAAAAUCGAGGAAACGGUGAAGGAAAUACUGAGCAAAGCUGAUAUGGAAGAGAUGACUGAGUUCAAAGUCCGAGUCGCGGCUUCGGAGCGACUCGGAAUCGACCUCUCUGAUUUUAAUCACAAGAAGUUUGUUAGAGAAGUGAUCGAGUCUUUUCUUCUCUCUACUGUCGAAGAAAACGGCGAUGGAAAAGAACUCAAUUCGAAGCUUCGAGAAGAAGAGGCUAAAAUUAAGAAAGAAUUCGACGGCGACGGAGAUCGCCUUAUUUGCAAGCUAGCAGACAAGAGGAAUGUGGUGGUUCAUGAAUUUAGAGGAAAAACUUAUGUAUCGAUUAGGGAGUUCUAUGUAAAAGAUGGAAAAGAGCUCCCAUCUGCAAGAGGAGUUAGCUUGACAAGCGAAAUUUGGUCAGCUUUAAAGAAUAGUUUCCCUGCAGUUGAUGCAGCUGUAAAAAAGAUGCAAUCAAAGCUAAGUACAAAACUUGAUGGUGAACAAAAUGGAGAUGUGUCUAACUCAGUAACUGCUUUUUCUCAUGAAUUUUCCCCUAUUGAAACCACACGUUUUGAUGGGAAGAAUUACCAUUGCUGGGCAGAACAGAUGGAACUUUUCUUAAAGCAAUUACAGAUCGCAUAUGUGCUUACUGAUCCAUGCCCUAGUCUUUCUCUUAGUCCCGAAGCAAGCAGUGAAGAAUCUGCUCAAGCCAAAGCUACUGAAAAGAAGUGGAUGAAUGAUGACUACCUUUGUCGCCACAGCAUUUUGAGCUCUUUAUCUGAUAAUCUGUAUUAUCAAUUCUCAAAGAAAACUAAGAGUGCUAAAGAGCUGUGGGAAGAGCUAAAACUAGUUUAUCUUUAUGAGGAAUUCGGAACAAAGAGAUCUCAAGUUAGAAAGUACAUUGAGUUUCAAAUUGUUGAUGGAAGACCAAUUCUCGAGCAAAUGCAAGAACUCAAUAGCAUUGCUGAUUCUAUUGUUGCAGCUGGAAUGAUGAUUGAUGAGAACUUUCAUGUUAGCACCAUCAUCUCCAAGCUUCCACCAUCCUGGAAGGACUUCUGUGUUGAGCUGAUGCGUGAGGAAUACCUGCCCUUCAGGAUGUUGAUGGAUCAUAUAAGAGUUGAGGAAGAGUCUCGUAACAGAGUCAAACAAGCAGAGCAUUCAAAGUAUGGAAGCUUUCAUCCAGCCAACAAUCUUGGCCCAAGGAUAAGAGAUAUGAAGAAACCAGGGGUACCUUGGAAAAGGCGAGAAUCAGAAAUGCAUGGCAGGCCCCCCAUAUGUAACUAUUGUGGCAGAAAGGGACACCUUUCCAAGUUCUGUCGUAAUAGAAGAUGUGAAAAAGAAGUGAAUGGAGAACAAAAUGGGGAGAAUUCAACUAUACCUGCUGUUUCAAAGGUCAACGUAGUUGAGAGCAAUGUGUAGUUAAUUGAAAUAGAUGCUGUUUUUGGUAGGCUCAGGUUUUGCUGUUCAGUUGUAUUAGAGAACAUACAAUCUACUUAUCUUUUUACCUUGUAAGUAUGGCUCGAAAUUGUUGUUUUUUUAAUGUAUUAUUUUUACAUACCAAUGUAAAUCAUUCUUUGCCAAUGGAUGUUGCAAAAUGUUUAGAGUCGGUAAA